UCAAUGUCAUUAUGUCAAUGCCAAUUGCCAAUUGUCAAUGUGAAUUGUGAAGUCAACGUCUCAAUCAAAUCAAAUCAACCUUUUCCAUCAAAAAUGGUGAUAGAUUUUGCAAAGCGCAAUCAGUAAACGGAAAUGGCAUCGUUGCGGAGCCCGCCUUCGCCCACCGACGGUUACAAAAGGUUCAGUGACGAUUUCGCGAACGCCAGCAUCAAUAAUUACGGCUCCAAUGUGUCAAGUAAACAAGAAGCUCACAUAGUUUUAACUGCACAGUAGUUGCCGCUACAUGUAUACGCUUCUGUCUUAACAAUACACCAGUAAUGCACAUCAAAACAUUCGUUUAAUUUCCUGCCUCGAGACCUCUCUCGGGCCGACCUGAUUACGGCGCGGCGAGAGACCGGUGACGUAGGCUGUGAGUCACCAGCUCGACUGACCCAUAUUUAAUAAACUUAACGGUCGACCUAGUACUUCGGCUGCUUAAUAAAGCUGCGUGUGCAUGCGUAGUGCUUACCCGCAUGCUUUAGAUUCACCAGAGCACCGCUACCAAGUACCAACUUGCACAAGCAUUUCUACAAAUAUGUUACAUUUCUGUACAGUUCAAAUCUAACCAUGUCCUGUCAACAGUUGGAACUGCUGCUAUGCUGUUGAGGCUACUUGGUUACAUUCAAUAACAGUAAUUUUAAACAAGGCCUUACAGUGCUCUGUUGUCAUCUAUGAAUGUAUGAAAAUGAUUAAAAGUUAAAAGAUAAUGUAUUAUAUCUCAUAAGUGUUAGUAAAAAAUGACAAAAUUUUGGUCAAACCUAUGAUAAAAUAAAGAAACAAAAAUGCUUUACUAUUACUUAGUACAUUCACUAACCAGUAUCAAGUUUAUAUUAUACUCAUAUUCAGUAGUGAUAACUAAUGGAGUCUCAGAGGAAUAACAAAAUGGUAGGUCAAGUUUAUCAUGCAGCUCAUUUGUAGCUGACCCACUGACCACUGACUGCUGACUGCUGUAGUGUGUACACUGACAGGCUUCGCUAAGGGUGUAGGUUUCAAGUGAGAGACAUGUUUGACAACCAGCUGACAUUUACAGUGAGCUGCCUGCCACACUAUGUACUGGUCAAUGAUAAUUGUAUAAUAAAGAGAGGUUACAAAAUCCCUGCAAAAAAGUGAUUCAAAUUUAGCUACACCAUUGAACUGCACAAUUUUGUCUUUUAUUCCAGUUUAUAAUAAUAAGCUUUAUUUUUCCCAUUUAGAUAGUACUUAACAAUAUCUUAAAACUAUUCUAACUAAUCUAUAUAUUUAUCUAAAUAAUUAAUUUAUGUACUAGUUAAUAAUGGGCCCCUUCGGGUAUAAGCCUCCUCCAUCUUUUUCCAAUUGUCCCUUUCUUUUGUGAGUUCCAUCCAACCUUGGCCAGCCACUGCGGUAAUGUCGUCUACCCACCUUCCUAUAGGCCUUCCUACCUUCCUUUUACCAAGUGGACCUUUCCAGUAGGUAAUUUUCUUAGUCCACCGUUUGUCCUUUAGCCUGCCUUUAUUCCAGUUUACAUUUAUGUAUAUAAUUUUUACACUUCCUGAACACACAAUCAACAUUGUAGACAAUAUUUGCUUAAAUAAUAUUUGUUAUUCUAUAAGGGACAAUGAAAUUUAGACAAUUAUACACAUCUGUCCGCCUCAGUUUUGAUGCUCUAGUGGCCUGUCUCUAGUAUGUUAUAUCAUUGGUACUGGUGGCUUGUAAGUGUUGUAGCUAAUAUAAUAGGGUAGUUGACUAAUAUCAAAUUUUAUAUUAAAUUAAAUGACAUUAAUUUUGUGUUCACAUGGAAUAAGGUUCAGAUAUAUAUCAAUAUCUAUACUUAUAAUAAAACUGUAACAGGUCGAAUUCUGUACAUUGAAGAUAUUUUGAAAAUGUUUAUUGAAGGGCAUUAUACAAUUGAUACUGAAGCCAAAAAUAUUUUUUUUAGAUUUCUUGUGUUGAAACUACUGAAUGAAUUCAAAUGAAACUUAGCAAGGUUUGAGAACAUAAUACUGAGCAGGUUAUAGGAUGUUUUUUCUGAUUUUAUUUAUCCUAUAUAAAUAAAACCAGAAAGAAACAGGGGUUGAAAGUUUGUAUGGAAAGUCCUCCAUUUUUAGAGUUACAGUUUUAAAAAUUUGUAGAUAAAUCAAGAAAAAAAUGCGAAAUGUAACGUGAUUCAAGAAUUUUUAAAAUUCAACCCCUGAAGGGCUAAAAGGGGUUGAAGUAUGUAAAAAAAUAAAAAUCAGUCAUUUAUCAAGUUAUAUUUGUAAAAUUAGUCUUCAUAUGCUUUGUCUAACAUUAAAAAGGAACUUCAAAAAUUUCAUCCUUAGAAGGUUAAAAAAGGGUUGAACUUUUUUAUGAAAGUCUGUGAUUACUCAAAUUUUGUUUACGGUAAUAGAUAACAUUGACUAUCAAUACAAUGUGAAAUGCAAUAGGAAUAAAAAAUUCAACCCCUAAAUGGUUGAAACAGGUUUGAAUUUUUCUGAAAUUAAAUAUCUAACAUUCUCAAGUCAUAUAUGUGAAAAAUGGUCCACAAACGGUAGGUUUAACAGGAAAAAAGAACUUCAAAAUUUCCCCCCUAUGUAGUUAAAUAAGUUUUUUUUUAUUCUUUAAAAGUUAGCCCUUGACUACAAUCACACCUGAUGGUAAGUGAUGAUGCAGUCUAAGAUGGAAGCGGGCUACUUGUUAGGAGGAGGAUGAAAAUCCACACCCCUUUCAGUUUCUACACGACAUCGUACCGGAACGCUAAAUCGCUUGGCGGUACGUCUUUGUCGGUAUGGUGGUAACUAGUCAUGGCCAAGCCUCUCACCAGCCAGACCUGGAUUGAACUUUUUAUGAAAGUCCGUCAUUUCUCAAAUUUUGUUCACGGUAACAGAUAAUAUUGACCACCACCUUUUGACUAUCAUUGACUAUUACUAUAGUACACCAGCAUUUUACCCAAGCACACAAAACGGUUGUGCAUUGGCCUUCGGCCGGGGGUUUGUAAUAUGGCCUCCGACCGUGGCUACGACUGGGCAUCUUACCCAAGCACAACAAUUUUGUGAUGUCAAAUGUUAUUUAAUGUACUAAACCUCAAAGUAAUUGUUAGAGUGCGCGCAAGAUGAGUGUGCGCGCGACUGGCGGUGCAAUAGGCUAGGUGACAUCUUUUUUAAAUGGUCAUAAAUAAGUACUUCGUUGUCAUUCUACUAGAUUGAAUUCUUUUUUAUCAUAUUUUUUUGAGGCGUUUAGGCUGUUUAGGCUCGUAUUGUCAAAAACAUAUUUAUAGGUAAAUUAAAACUUUCAUGUAAUCACGUCUUAUUUUUUUUUUUAAUAAGUAAGUAAUGUAAUAAUGAACUAUUUAAGACCAUUAAAAAAAAGUGCCUAUUUUGUUUAAAAUUUAGAUCUAUGCACACUGUACACGGUACAGUGAGUAGUGAAAUGCAGGGCUGCUGAUAGGUAUAGUUGAAUGGGGCCAAGAGCCGUUCACAAAUGAGAUGAAUCAUACAGAUAACAGAAGUUUAUCUGUUGAGCAAAAGAUAACAUGACGGUAUCUCGCUCUCGAGCACGCGGCGCGCGCGCUGGCAGUCGCAGGCGGCAGGAGCGGCAGGUAGCGGCAGGCAGCGGCAGGUAGCGCUGCCGCCAACAUGACGAAGGUUGUGCGCAUUCCGGGUACUCUGUACGACACCUUGCGGGAUUACUGGUACACGCUUAAAUCGUAUAGCAGAGCGGCGGCGGCGGCGGAGGCGGGCGCGGGCGCGGGCGGCGGCGAGGGCUCGCUGGAGCUGGGCAGCCGCUCGUCGCUGCACGCCGGCCUGCCCAUGACCGAGGACGAGCACUGGGAGAUGAACUACCACGAGGCCGCCAUCUACCUGGAGUCGCUUGCAGGAGGGGCUCAACAACGAGAAGUUCGACUCGCACCCGUCGAGCCCGGAGGAGCUGCCGGCCUACCUGCGCGUGCACAACCCCUGGUACCACGGCCUGGACCUGCUGGCCUCGCUCGUGCUCAUCCUGCUGGCCUUCAGCGAGGAGCCCGCCGUGCCCGCCCUCAAGCUGCCCGUGUGGGCGCACGGCGGCAUGGAGCUGCUGGCGCUGGGCGUGGUGGGCGUGGAGCUGCACCUCAAGCUCAAGUGGAUCGGCUGGGGCACCAUCCUCAGGCACAAGCGCACCAUGCUCAAGGGGAUCACCCUCCUGGUCAUGGUUCUAGAGGCCGUGGUGGUGCUGUGCCGCCAGGCGCCGCACGUGCGCGCGUCGCGGGCGCUGCGCCCCAUCUUCCUGGUGGACACGCGCCACUGCGGCGGCGUGCGGCGCUUCAUCCGCCAGAUCCUGCAGUCGCUGCCGCCCAUCCUCGACAUGCUGGGUCUACUGAUGUUCUUUGUGGCGACUUACUCGCUACUGGGCUACUACCUGUUCUCCGAGCACGUGGACAACGGCCACUUCCGGACCCUCAGCGACUCCUUCGUCAGCAUGUUCGUGCUGCUCACCACGGCCAACUUCCCGGACGUGAUGAUGCCGUCGUACGCCAAGUCCAAGUGGUACGCCGUGUUCUUCAUCCUGUACAUCAUCACCGUGCUGUACGUGCUCAUGAACCUCAUGCUGGCCGUGGUGUACGAGACCUUCACGCGCAUCGAGCGCGACAAGUGCCGCGCGCUGCUGCUGCACCGGCGCGGCGCCGCGCGGCGCGCCUUCCGCCUGCUGGUGUCGCGCCGCGCGCCGCGCGCCGUGCGCCUGCGCCACUUCGCCGGCCUGCUGCGGCACGCGGCGCCGAGCGCGCGCGCGCUCGACGCGCUGCUCACCUUCCGCCUGCUCAACCGCAGCGGCUCCGGCGGCCUGUCGCGCGCCGAGUUCGCGGCGCUGUACGACGCGCUGGCGCUGCGCUGGGCGCCGCAGGCCGCGCGCGCGCCGUGGUACGCGGCCGGCGCGCUGGAGCCGCUGGGCCGCGCCGCCGCCGCCGCCGUGGCGUGGCCGCACUUCGAGCGGCUGGCGUGCGCGCUGCUGGCGGCCAACGGCGCCGCCAUGGCGCUGCGCGCGUGCCAGGCGGCGGGCGACGCGCGGGCCGGCGCGCGCCUGCUGGGCGCCGCGUGGGACGCGUGGCUGUUCGCGGCGCUGGCGCUGCUGGAGGCGGGCGUGCGCGCGCUGGCCGCGGGCGCCGAGCGCUACCUGGCCAGCGGCUGGAACGUGUUCGACCUGGGCGCCUCGCUGCUGGCGCUGCUGGGCGCCGCGCUGCUGUCGCUGGCGCCGGAGCUGGCGGCGGCGGCGGCGCUGCGCCCGCUGCGGCUGCUGCGCCUGUACAAGCUCAAGAAGCGCUACCGCGACGUGUUCGGCACGCUGGUGCUGCUGUCGCCGCUCAUGUCGUCGGCGGGCUGCGUGAUGCUGGUGCUGUACUACUUCUUCGCCAUCGUGGGCAUGGAGCUGUUCGCGGGCGCCGAGCUGCGCGACUGCUGCGCGAACACGUCGGUGGAGGAGUUCUACAAGUCCUCGCGCAACGGCUCGGCGGCGCCGGGCUACUACUACCUCAACAACUUCGAGAACCUGCUGACGAGCGGCGUGACGCUGUUCGAGCUGACGGUGGUCAACAACUGGUUCGUGCUCAUGAACGCCUACGCCGCCGUAGUGGGGCAGCUGAGCCGCAUCUACUUCAUGGUGUUCUACCUGUUCACCAUGGUGGUGCUCACCAUCGUGGUGGCCAGCGUGCUGGAGGCCUUCCGCUUCCGCAUCCAGUACAAGCGCAGCACGAGCAAGCGCGACGAGGAGAAGCUGCUGCACGAGGAGGUGCACACGAGCUGGGAGGAGGCGCAGCGGCUGGGCGCGGCGGGCGCGCUGGCGGACGAGCUGCGCGCGCAGCUGCCGCCCGGCCGCACCGUGUCGUUCGUGGGCACGCGCCCGCGCACCAAGGAGGUGCUGCAGCGCCGCAUGUACCACGCCGACAUACUCAAGUGGCUGGCCGAGGACGACGACAGCGAGGAAGCGCCGCCCGCGGGCGCCGGCGACGCGCCGCCCGAGCCCGCCGCGCCGCCCGAGCCCGAGGCGCAGCAGCUGCGCGGCGGGGGCCAGCUGUAGCGCCGCGCCCGCCCGCCUCCACCGCGUCAGAACGAAGUGAACUGGCAAUGGGCGUCGGUAGCGACGUCACGUUUGAUGUCGAGCCAGACGAGGGACGGCUCGGAGCUUCCGCUCGCAGCGGGCGGCCGAGUCAGGAGUUGGACACUCCGUCUGCGGCGCGAGGCGCACGAGGAUAUUGAAGUAGUUAAAGUCGUAGUUAGGUAAAUGUGUAUAGCGCUCCCAUCGCCUGCCGCUGUGACCGGCUGUGACACUGUGACUGAACUCGGCAGAGUGACGGCAGCUGCAGCCGAGGUGCUCUUUAUUUAUCGAGUCGUAUUGUUUAAGUAUUUGACGAGGGCUCCUGGCACACGUAGGCAUAUAGUUGUAUACUUUAGCUUAUUUUGCGUUCGCUUUCGCCGGGAGCGGCGGAGAGGCCUUAUAGUAUUAUUGUUAGGUAGGCGCACCGGUCGAGACGCGGCGACGGCAGCGGAACUCCUAUGAUGCUGAACGAGUGAUCAAAAGGUAAUGUUGACACGUUCGCGCAGGAACUGGGCGCGGUACGGCGGGUGAGGCGGCUGCUCAAUUGUAAGGAGUGAACCUCAGAAUGAGAGACACUUAAGUUCUAAAGUGGUACGUCAGAAACGGUCUCCAUAGAAAUUGAUAAGUGAACCAAAAUGGCGGUCAUCUGCGCAGGUAAAUACUUCUCUAUAACAAAGUGUUAAACUAGUAAGUACUACGCGGUUGCCCAAUCAUCUCUAUGAUUGUAAAUGUCAAAGACAUCAAUGUCAAAUCCUAUCCUACUUCCUACUAAUAAUAUAAAUGUGAAAAUUUGUAUGGAUGUAUGUCUGUUAUCUACUGAAGCGAUUUGGCUGAAACUUGGAAUGGAAAUAGAUUUUACUCUGGAUUAACGCGUACGCGUUUGUAGUGGAGUCAACGUGUUGCGACUUGUGUGGUUGUGUGGCGCGUCACCGCGUAUGGCGCAAGUCACAGGCCGCGCACUAUACCUACUACCUAUCUACAAACCGCGAACCCAGUGAGCACGCUGCGACUGGCGCGUGUCGACUACGACGUAUGUAGGUUCCAACCCAGAUAAUGAAUUUGAAGAAUUGCAAAAUAUGCUUCCAUUAUUCAUACUCGUUGCGAGAAGUCACCUGUACCUAAAUGCCUCAGUGACUCUCAUAUUACGUAAGUAGGUAUUACCUAUAGGCUAUAGCUAGGUAUGCCGUGGCGCAAUGUCCGCGCUGUACCCAAUGUUUCCUAGCUGUAGACGAGUGCUCUAGUGUAGGUAAUCGUUAAUAAUAUUAGGUAUAUACUAAUCAAGAAUGGAUUUUCACCCGAGAUGAACUUAUUGUAACAAAUUAUCGCUGUGUUUCGGCCUGUACCUAUUCAUUUAUCGAGACUGUAUUAUAAUAUUGAGUUCGUUUAGUUUUGCGAAUAUUUUUCUACUCAUCAGACCUCAAAGAAACAAUCAUAACGUGAAUUUAGGUUCUUAUUUUGCUUUAUUUGAUGUCAGAACAACACGCGGCCCGGCGCCGCUCGCGUAUAUCUCUCACUGUAACGAUCGUUGUGAUCGGCGCCGCUCGCGUAUAUCUGUCAACUUAACGAUCGUUGUGAUCGGUGCCGCUCGCGUAUAUCUGUCAACUUAACGAUCGUUGUGAUCGGUGCCGCUCGCGUAUAUCUGUCAACUUAACGAUCGUUGUGAUCGGCGCCGCUCGCGUAUAUCUGUCAACUUAACGAUCGUUGUGAUCGGCGCCGCUCGCGUAUAUCUGUCAACUUAACGAUCGUUGUGAUCGGCGCCGCUCGCGUAUAUCUGUCAACUUAACGAUCGUUGUGAUCAGUAUCGGCGCCUCGCUCCUACAGUAUUCUUUUUAUUUUUCUUUUCGAUUGAAAUUUUAUAUUUUUGUUAUAUUUUGUGUUAUUUUAUAAAUUUAUUAAUAAAUAUGUAACAAAGAACCGAUCA